GCGUCGCUUCACGGAUCUUAUAAGCCGUACAGACACAUUUCAACGGAUUCUGUGAGGAUAUUUCUAACGGAAAACUGUGCCAACCGCGCUGGAAUCGCGCGUAUUGGUGCCCGAACGUACUGAUCUCUGGUUGCAGGGGACGCCACGACUGUUACCGACCGGGGUAGGAGCCAACAAGCUCGGCUUUCUCCCGAUCACCAAGCUACUAAUCCUGUCCUGUCCUGUCGGGCUAGACUUGCACUGCCAGCCGUACAGGAGUCCUAGGGGACACACUGGCCCCCGUUCGGCGGCGAUGAAGGGCGAUUCUGCCCGUGUAACGUGUUGUCGUGUGCGAGCUGCACCGAGCCGCGGUUGUCACACCGACGGUCGCUGGGUGGUGCUGAACCGCCGCGUGGCUCGAUAUGUCCCGGCGGAACUCGCGGACCGACAUGGUCCCUCCAUGCACGUUCCUUGUCUGCUUACUCCUCCUACUUCACCCCGCCAACAGCCAGUCUCACGAGGCUACCUUUCAAACAGAAGAAGGACAAGCCGAGGGUACGUACAUCGGUAACAUAGUAGAGGCUUCGGGCAUAACCGGCCCCUUCUACCUGUCCCCGGACCCUAGCGACACGCAGCUACUGCAGCAUCUUAGCAUAGAUGAACACACGGGGGUCAUAAGGAGCGGAUUAAGUUUAGACAGGGAGACUAGAGACUUUUACGAACUCCUUGCCGUCAGUACGUCGCAGGGGCAGGUAGUGACUGUGAAAGUACAAGUAACGGAUAUCAACGACAACGCCCCAGAGUUCGUCGGAUCCUACACACCGUCCCUAACCGAAGCGGCUCCCAUCGGAACGUCCGUCUUCCAAUUAACUGCUCAAGACCGAGACAUUGGCGUGAAUGCAGAGAUCACGUUUUCCAUCCUGUCGACGCCGGGAACCCACUCGGAUUGGUUCAACGUGGAUCCUGCCAGCGGCUUGAUCAUGACCAGGGUGAUCGUGGAUCGCGAGAUCGACCCUUCCCCUCGGAUUACCAUCGAUGCGACCGACCACGGUACGCCGGCAAUGUCUACAACCAUCCAAGUCACCGUUACACUCUUGGAUUUCAACGACAACGAACCAUUGGACCAGGUGUUUUAUUCACCUUUGUGUGUAUGCUAA